AUGGCAAGGAAGAGAAAGGUUUCUGAAGUAGUUGAAGAAGGAAGCAUGGUUUGGGAUGAAAUGAUGAAAGAAGCAGCAUCACUAGGAGGAGGUAGACGAGUCCGAAAGCGAUUCGUCGGUGUUCGACAAAGGCCUUCGGGUAGAUGGGUUGCUGAGAUUAAAGAUACCAUUCAAAAGAUAAGAGUUUGGUUAGGAACUUUUGACACUGCUGAAGAAGCUGCAAGAGCUUAUGAUGAGGCUGCAUGCUUGCUUCGCGGCGCGAAUACUCGCACCAAUUUCUGGCCUUGUUCUCAAUCUUCAACUACUCCUGCUCUUUCUUCAAAGAUCACUAAUCUCUUACUCCAAAGACUUAAAGAAAGGAACAUGAACAUGAACAUGAAUAACUCUUGUUCUUUGCCGAAAUACACUUCCUUGUUGGGGAGUUCUGAGGAGAGUCGGGAGCAACAACGAGUCAACGAGACGGAUAUACAACAAGUGGAGGAGGCCUAUGGAGAAGGAUCAAAACAUUUCACAAUUGAUCAAUUCACCGAUUUUCUCAACGAUCACGAAGAUUAUGGCGCAAGCAACCACGAAUUCAUCGAUAACACUGCUCAAUUCGACUACAUUUCGAGUAGUUUCGAAUCAUGUUUAACCGAAAACAAUAUCUGCAAAGGAAACGAGAACAUGAAUAUCAAUAUCGAAUACGACUCAAAAUCAAACAAUGUGACACAAACUUCAAGUGGUGAUAGCAAUUCAGAAGAUAGUGAAGAAGAAGGUAUUGUUGAUGUGCCCGAUUUUCGGUUUCUAGACGAUAUUGCACCAACUAGUUACUACUCACCUUUUGAGAUUGCUGAAGAAAUGGAAGAGAAAAUGGAGACAGAAGAUUUUAGUGAUGAGCCAUCAAUGAUAAGAGCUGUGAUGAAGAGAAUGAAAUAUGAGAGAAAAUUUUCAGCUUCUCUUUAUGCAUUCAAUGGAAUACCGGAAUGCUUGAAGUUGAAACUUGAAUCAGGAAACAAUAAUAAUGGAAGAGGAUUCAUUUCUGAACAAUUGAACAAUCUUAAGGAAUCAUGUAGCAAGAACAAGGUUGAGGUGGAUGAUGACAAAAAUGAACAAGUUUCAAUGGAGAUUCAACAAUCUUGUUCAUUGUCUAGGAAUGAUAGUGAUCUUGUCCUUUGGAAUUCACUUGAUCUUCCUCCUAUUUGUUUUGUUAACUUACUUGAAAAUGGUUCAUUUAAUUAG